AGAGAGAAGGGGAUGUAUAUCUAAAAAUGUAUGCAUAUUUUCUUGAAAUCAAAUAAGGCAAAAAGUAUCUCUCCCAUAAUUAUAACGAUCCUUUCUUCAUCAUCGAUUUCGGAUUCUGUAAUAUCUGUUUGGUCAUCUUAUCGGUUCUUCGAUAAAUCCCAACUGGGUUCUUCACAAAUUUCAGUUUCAUAACGAAAACGCUAAGCAAGAUUCAUCAUACACAACCUACUGAUACAAUCUGAUCUUAGUUUGGUGUCUUUUUCACUGUUUCAAUCGAACUUACAAGGGUUUGCUGUUGUUUCUUCUGUUGUUCCCCUAAUUUCUACCGAAUUUAUUUAAAAAUCGAGGCUUCCGAUUUUGUGGGUGCGAUCGAAUCGGUGGUUUCGAUUACUGGGUACACUCGGAAAGUCCUUGAAAGAAUCGGGUGUUUGAUCUUUUGUUGUUGGGGGGAGGGGGGAGGCGGUUACAAUGGCAGCUUUGGAAUCUGGUGGUCGAAUGGAUUACUGGAGGGAGUAUUUUCAGACUUCUAAUGGCGAUCUGUUUGAAACCAUCGAAAAAGCCAUCAUGGUGGCUGCUUCUGAUUACCCAAAAGAGUUUCGAAUCAGGAGAGAUGGCAUUGCUCAGAUUUUGUUCUCCUGUAACUUGAUCAAGUGUUGUGGUUGUGAUAAACUGGAAUUAGGUUUUCCUGCAGAUGAUGAACAAGAAGAUGAUGAUGAUGAUGAUCAUAAAGAGCUUAAUGAUAAUAUUAUUAAUAAAGUUAGUGAUUACGAUUAUGGAGUUGCAGAAGCUUUGACAGAUGAAAUCGAAGAGGAAUCCCAGAUGUUUGGUGAGGUUAUGAGGAUUAAACAGAUUGUUGAUAACCAUCAAGAUGAGUCUGAAUCUGUGUUAUACAACUCGUUGAGAAAGCUUCAAUUGAUGGCAUUAUCGGUGGAAAUUCUCAAGGCAACUGAGAUCGGAAAGUCUAUCAAUGUUCUUCGAAAGCAUGUGUCAAAGGAUGUUCGUCACAUUGCGAAGACACUCAUCGGAGGGUGGAAGUAUAUGGUUGAUCAAUGGGUGAUGGCUACAGAAAAGGCGGCAGCGGUUUCUGAAGCAACACCGGAGUCACUGAACCCGUCUGUUCUUGAUGAAGAAGAAGAAGGCCUCCCGUCUCCUCCACUCGACGAUUUAGCGUUCUUUUACCCUCAAACGUCAUUGGAGCUAUCUGAGUUCUUUGACGGGAUGGACGAGUACGGAAAUCCUGGAAACAAUGGUAGAACCGAGAAACAAAGCAUACCGAAAUGCAAACAGCAAAAACCGACAAACGUGCCAAUUAUGGUUCGUAAGAAUGAGCCGGACUCUGAUGUAAUGAAAAUGAAGAAGAAACAAGCAACUGUUGUGAAACCGAUCAAACCUUCGGUUGCCGAGUCUGCACCGGGUAGACGUAUCAAACUGAACACGGAAAGAAAGCUGCAAACCGAACCGAAGAGGCCUCAUCAAAGCAAGCCGAGGCCCACAGGCGAAGCAACGGGUCAAGACAAAUUUGAAGCGACCAAGAGAAAGCUCCAGGAACGGUAUCAACAAGCGGAAAACGCGAAGAAGCAGCGAAAGAUACAAGUUAUGGAACUGCACGAUCUGCCAAAGCCAAAACAGCAGCAGGGUUUUCCGAUAAGAAAUCAACACAACGUUAGGCUCGGGAGCAACCACAACAGACAUCGGUGAUGAAACGGUAUCGAGAAAUAAAGCUGGUAGAUGAUGUUUUUUUGGUUUAGUUAAAGAAAACACCGAUUCUUCGAGUGCAAACACAAUAAGAAUCGUCAUUUUAUUUUGGGUCGAUUGAGAGACCCUGGACAUUAUAGAGAGCUUAGUCGUGAUCGAUCGCGUUUGCUGUAAUCGUUAGUAUCCGUAUAGACCGUUAACGGAAGUGUUUUUGAAAAACCGAUAGAUCGUUAUCGAAUUUUAGGUGAACCGGAACGAUAAAAGCGUUAUAAAUGAUUAUUGCA